UUAGAGCGUACGUAUAAAAGUGCCAUACGCAAGAAAAACGAAAGAAUAAUAAGUGAAAAGUAAUGAAAAAAUAAAAUAGAAACGAAAAAAACGGCCUGGCUUUAAAGUUUUUACACAAAAUUAUGCUUAAAAUCGCUAGUAAAGUUAAAGAAAUUAAUUAAAUCUACAAAUUUACUAACUCUUGUAUGGAAAUUCAAUAAAAUAUAAAGAAAAUUACAACAUUUUGCAAGUAAAAUCAUCAAUUGAAAAAAAAAUUUUGUGAAAUUUCGUAGCUGUGUAUGAGUGUGAAAAUCAAAAAAAGAAAAAGUAGCAACAACAACAACAACACGAAAAAAGAAGAAGCAUACAAUAAAAAUUAUAUAUAUUUUUUUUCAUCAACUAUCGUGUUGUACGUAGUAUAAAAUAAAAAGAAGGAAAAAAUAUCAAAUAAAAUCAUUCAAAAACGAGUAAUUUUUCUUCUUCUUCAUCAUCAUCUUGCAUUCUCUUUGUACGUGUGAGUUUAUUUUGUGUAUGUGUGUAAAAAAAAAUAAACGAGUUUUUAUUAUGAAAAAUUGAAGAAAAAAAAAAGAAAUAUUGUUAUUUUGGUAUAAGUUUAAAUAGGUGUGAUAUAUGUUUUUUUUGUGGAAUAAAAGAAUAAUUAAUGUAUGUACAUGUAUGUAGUAUAGAGCGCGAAUUAUAAGAAAAUCUGAGAAAAUACCAAAAGUGAAAAAUUAGUGAAAAAAGAAAAAAACAAACAAAAGUUUUACAAAAUUAAAGUAAAACUAAAACAAAUUCUUUGCAAAAUAAUAAAAGGAAUACCUAUCUACUUCAAAGAAAAAAUUUUAUUUUGGAAUCCACCUGGUUUCGUUGUUUUUUUGCAUAAAAACGACCAGGUAAAUCUUCGUCAACAGUGUUGCAUUUUUGCUCGUUUCUCACUAUUUUGCUGCUACACACAAAUAGUUUUGGAUUAAUUUUUUUCAUAUUCAUCUGCAAAUAAAAGGGUUUUACAAAAAUCCCAAGCAACCAAAAAAAAAAUAGUAGUAAAAAACAAAUCGUCUGUACUUUUUUUUUUGCACAGAAAUUUCCUUAAAACUCAAAACAAUUGAAAAGCAAAUGCGCAAAAUAUAAAGUUACAACUACAGCAGCAACACAAUACUAUUACGCCUGCAAAAAAAGCGUCAUAAAAUCAUUAAAAUACGCAGCAACAGAAAAAAAUUCUAGCAACCACUUAAAAAAAAAAAGGUUAAAAAGAAAAACCCAUCAUAAACUAAACAUACAAACAAGAAAAAGAAAAACGCACGCAGUCAGGCUACUCUACAUAGCAACAACAACAACAAGAAGUAAAGAAGAAAAAGAAAAUCUAAAACGACGUGAAAAAUCAAACUCUAGCAAAAAUACCUUAAGAAACAACCCAUACGAAAGCAGCAGCAGCAGCGCCAUUAUUAAUAAAACAACAACAACAAAAACAAGUAAAAGAAAAGUUGUUUUUCAUUAUUUUCUUCUCUUCUUCUUCUUCAUCAUCAGCUUGUUGUUAUUAGUUGUAAUAUUUUAGUAGUAGUAAAAGUACUCUUGACAAUGUUACUACUUCCAAUGGGAUAAUAAAGUUGAAAAACCACUUACAACAAAAUCAAAUCAAACUCCAAAGAGCUAAAAAUUAAUAACAACGACAACAACGAGAGCAGCAAACAACAAAAAUCAACAAUUUCAUUAAAGAAGAAGAAAUAAAAACAAGUUGCAGCACAACAACAUCUGCAACAACAACAGCAUACAAAUAAAAUGUAAAAAGGUGAAGUUGGUGGUGGUGGUCACGCAACAUAAAACAAACAAACCCAUAACUAGCAACAACAAAAGGUAUUUUACAUACGGAAAAUUUGUUGAAACAAAAAUAAAGAAAAAAAAGCAGCUGCUUUCUAGUUAGAAAGAAAGACACACACAGGGCAGCAGCAGCAAUAAAGCAAACAACCAAUUACAUUGUUGCACAUUCCUUGAAAAGAAAUCCAAAGAGAAUAAAUUACAUUACAAGAGUGUAGUUUAAACAACAAAGAGAGUGCUGUUGUAAAGUCACUGAGAAAGAGAACACACAAAAUGUUGAAGUUUUUCUUAAACUAAGAAAAAGAAAAACAUUGUUGAUUGUCCUCUAGAGAAUCGAGUUUAGUUUGCCAAAGAAUAACAAGCAACAUGGCCAUACUUUAAAACAGGACGUCAAAUGUUUGUGUGUGUUUUCUAACUCCGAUACAUUUGUGAGUAAAAUAAACAAAGCAACAGCAACUAAAUAAACGAAAGGCAAAGGUAUACGAUAAAAUUACGCGCCAAAUGCAAACAAUAAAUUUAGUAUGGGUCGUUCCAAGUUUCCCGGGAAACCAUCUAAAUCGAUUAAUCGUAAAAGGAUAAGUGUCUUGCAAUUGGACCCCAAUAAUACCUUGACGGCAGCAGCGGCGGCAUCAGCCUCAACGACAGCAGCAACAUCGGCAGUAGGGUCUGCGGCAACAGCAACAGCCAACUCAAAUAGCAGCUCGGGAGCAGCAGCGGCAGCAAAUUCUAAUGCAGCAACUGCUGCCAACAAUGCAGAAGAUGAUGAGGAGCAAACGAAAACGGAGGAAGAUGUAAAUUACGAUUCGUCGGAAUUGGAGAAACGUAAAAAUGGCAAAAAAGAAGAUGACGAUGAUGAGGACGACCAAGGAGGCCCGGUCUCAGGUGGUGCUUCAGGUUUGGGUGGUAGCAGGAGUAUGAAUGGUAGAGCCUCUAGCUCAGCAAACUCUAAUCAACAGCCAUCACAACAACAAAACAACACAAAUUCCCAGCAACAUCAGCAGCAAACUGAUAACUUGGAAAAUAACUCCCUUAACAACAAACAUGCUCCACUAGCCUCAACAAUUUCCCCAAAGGAAACUGCUGAGAACCCUACUAAACUCAGCACAGCAACAAUAGCUUCAUUAGCAGCAGCAAAAGAAUUGAAAAAGCUUAAUACAGCUGCCUGCUCCACAGCAGGGCAAGUGAAUUUUCCCAAACGUCCCUGUAAAAAGUUUAAAAAUUUAAAUAUAAAUAAACCUGAAGUAAUGCUACCAUCUUCAAGUAAAUUAAAAUUACAGCAACAGCAGCAACUACAAGAAACCAAUAACAACUCUGCAGCAUUACCAGCCCCUCUUGCUAAUUUUCCCACAGCCUGUACAGCAGCAGCAACAACGGCGGCCACAACAUUAAAUAACAAGACACUAGAACAGCAACAACACACCCCUCCAACAAUAAAUAAUGAAUUGUUGUUGUCAUUAUCAACGUCCGCCUCAUCUUCAUCUUCUUCUUCUGCCUCAUCACCUACAUCUCGUUUAAGUUCGUUGUCGUCUUUGUCGUCCUCCUGUAAUAUUAAUGAAUAUCAUAAAUCUGUUAAUCAUAAUAAUACCAUAGAUCAUAAACUAAACGAUCAGCAACAACUACAUAAUAAUAAUAAUCAUAUUAAUAAUGAUGAUCACAAUGACGAUAAUGUUACCAAACAUCAUCACAAUGAUAAUGAUCAUUCUCGUCUUCUUAAUAAUAAUAAUAUCCAUAAUAAUGAUGAUAAUGCUGAUAAUAGUAAUGAUGAUGAUGAAGAAAAUUCCAGUUUGACAUUUCCUUCAACCAGCUCUCAUCUUGAGAUGAAAAAAUGCCCAAUAUCUACGCUAGAUAAUACAGCAGCGCAUCUAAAUGGAACCAGUGAAUGCCCUAAAGAAGACUCAAGUGAUCUAAUUAAAAAAGAUGUUAACAAAAUUGUAAACAAACAAACACCCAGUAUAACACCCAUUAACUCUCCCAGCCGGACAAUGGACCACAAUGCAAACGGAUCAUUAACCCUAUCGCCCUCCAAUGCCUCACAAACAUCAUGUUCUUCUGUUUCAAAUACCUCAACGGCAGCGGCCACAACAGCCAGUGCAGCAACGGUUAAUAUGAAUUCCAAUUCGAAUUCGAAUUCAUCAUCGUCCAACAGCAGCGAUAAGAAACAAAAGAAAACGGUUACAUUUAAGAAUGUACUCGAGACUAGUGAUGACAAAAGUGCGGUUAAAAAGUUCUACAAUCCAGAUAAUCGUAAGCCCUUGGUGUCGAUUAUCAAGAAAGAAUGCCUUAACCGGCCCCUCAUGUAUACUAGAAGUAGUGAGUGCAUUGUAAGACCUUCGAGGCUAACCGAAAUACUCAAAAAUAAUUCAAAUAUUGAUAAAUUAAACUCUUUGAAAUUUCGCACGAAUCAUUCGACCGGUAACGAGAGUUGUUCGGUUUUGGCAGGUCCUCUGUCUAGAGUAUUCGGGGCGCCUAGUGAAGAGGAGGACAGCAAACAGAAACAUAAUAUUAUUAACUUUCGUUUGAGUAAAGAACAAAGCGAUGAGGAACAGGAGGAGGAGGAAGACGAUGAUGAUGAUGAGGACGAUGAUGAAGAAGAGGGUGAGGAAGAGGAGCAGGGUGAUGAAGAGGAGGAUGAGGAGGAACAGCAGGUGGCACAGGAAAUGUGUGCUGUGAUCAAACAGGAUUUAGAGCCAGAACAUAAACUGAAGUUGAAAGUGUGCAGCGAAGAUGAGGAUGAGGAUCAACAAAUGAUUGUGGACAAACACUUUGUUUUGCCCAAACGCAGUUGCCGUUCAUCGAGGAUUAUUAAGCCCAAUAAACGUUUGAUAGAGGAUGGUAUUAUCUGCAAGAAAAGUACAUUAAAAACAUCAACAUCUACAGCAGCUACUGGCGUUUUAGCGGCGAAAGAAGAGAAGUUAGUGGCUGCAACUCAACAGCCAAAUUAUUUUGGUUUGGGCGAUUAUAAUGCCAAGGAGUGUAAUGGCACAGCUACCCUAAAAUCCUCCAAGGAAUUGAUGUUGGAUAGUGCAAAACUUUCCUCAACAUUUGCCAGCACCUCCAAUGUUUUCUCGAAUUUUGGCAGCACCUCAACAACUAAUGCAACCAACAGCAGCAGCUCACUAAAGCCCAGUAGUUUUGUUUUAAGACAACCUCGACUACAAUUCGAAUCUUUAACAAAUAACAACCCCACAACCGCAACCAGUGAUCGUAAUAUUAACACAAACUCUAAUGCAGCUGUAGCAGCCGCAGCGGCCGCUUUAGCCUUAUCCGCUUCAUUGCCCAAAUCUUUGCAACAGGCCAUAUCAUCUUCGGCGGCCACUGCUGGAAGUCUAAGUAGUACAGCUUCUUUGCUGUCGCCCACAUUUUCCUUAAACGGUACCAGUGCUAUCAAAAAUAAUGUCAAUACAACUACAGUCCCUGUUGCUACAUCUUCCCCGGCAGCCCAUCAGUGUGCUGUUUGUUCUUCCAUAAUACAUUCGAAAAAUUUGCCACAAGCCAAUAAAUAUGUGGAACUAAGCUGUGAACAUUGCCGUAAAUUCAUAUCGAAAAUAGCCAAGAAAUCUCUUGCCAUGAAAAAUUCAACCACAAUGAAAACCGUACAACUCCAAUGCAAAGCAGAUGGAAAUUGUGUGAUUUUGCCGCUUAACAAUAAAGCGGGUCAUUUGAAAAACUUUAAGAAAGUUUACAAAGAACGUUGUGGCUAUUGUUGGCUGAAAAAGUGUCUGCAAACUUUACAAUUGCCAAAAGUGAGGCUAAAUGCAGUGCUGCCGGUGCUAAGCAAUUCUACCACCACAACCACCAACAUCAACACCAGCAGCAGCAGCAGCAUUAAAUCUUCUCUGCAAGAUACCAAAUCGAAAAAAGAAUUACUUGAAGAAACAGCUAAAGUAGCAGCGGCCGGAGCAAUUAAAUGGAAACCUUUACAGGAUCCAUUAAUAAAUACAGCUGCUAUUACCAAUAAUACAACUACUACUUCUUCUCUAACGGAAACUUUAAAAUUGAAUCUGAAAUCGAAUCCUUUGGUUGAGAAUAAUGUUACCUUUGGCAGUGUGCCUUUGCUAAGGCCGGCCAUAUUGGAAAAGCCUUUAUUCCUGAAAUCUUCCUUAGAAACCAAACAAGAAAAAGUGGAUAGAAAACCAUUGGAUAUAAUAAAGGAUUUGAAAACCGAACCUUUAGCAAUGGAAACAAUAACGCCAGCCUUAAAGACCUCCUCAAAAAAGAAAGAUAAAUCUUUGGACAAGGAACGCAAGGACUUGAGAAUAAAGGAAAUGCUUUCACCCAAAAUGGAAAAUGACAAAACGAAAGAGCCUAAAGCAAAGUUGGAGAAUUUAUCCAGCGAUUUAAAGGAAGCCACACAAGAUGAUACAACAGCUGCUGCUAACCUACCCUGCUCUACUAAUGCAACAGCUGCAGCAACUGCUGUAACUGCAGCAGACAAACGUCAACGUAUAGACUUAAAGGGUCCCCGGGUAAAACAUGUCUGUCGCAGUGCUUCUAUAGUUUUGGGACAACCUUUGGCCAUGUUUGGUGAGGAAGGCGAGGAAUCGAUUUUAAGCGAAGAACAAUUGCAGCAAACGGAAACAAAACUUCCUCUAACCGAUGAAAACGACAACUGUGCCUCCUGUAAAACCCAGCAAUUGGUAACGGAAGACAACUGUGGCAUUACAGAGCCACCUCUAAAGACAGCUAAAAUCGAGAAAAUAGACAACAACACCACAAAGGCCUUAGUGCCAGUCUCGAAAUUAUCACAACGACCCCAUCACUACAACACCCAACUGACAGCCUAUAAGAAACAAAUAAACAGCCAAAUGAAUCCCUCCUUAAUGCCGCCUCGGGCACGCAAGGAACCCCAAUUGAAGUGUAAACUUUUAAUCUCCAUUGACUUUUGGGAGAACUAUGAUCCAGCUGAAGUAUGCCAAACUGGUUUUGGUCUUAUCGUUACGGAAACAGUGGCGCAGCGCGCUUUAUGUUUUCUGUGUGGUUCGGCUGGUCAGGAACCCUUAAUAUUCUGUUCAUGCUGCUGUGAACCGUAUCAUCAGUAUUGCGUCCAGGACGAAUUCAAUCUCAAACAUGGCUCUCUGGAUGACACGCUGCUGCUGAAUGAAAGUUGCCUCAGUGUUACGGGCCUCGGUACGAAUGCGAAUACGGUCAUAGCCAAACUAAAUUGGCUGUGUCCGCGGUGUACGGUGUGUUACACCUGUAACAUGUCUUCCGGUGCUAAAGUGAAAUGUCAGAAAUGUCAAAAGAAUUACCACUCCACGUGUUUGGGUACCAGCAAACGUCUGCUGGGCGCCGAUCGUCCUUUAAUCUGUGUCAACUGUUUGAAGUGUCGCUCCUGCUCCACCACCAAAGUUACCAAAUUUGUGGGCAACCUGCCGAUGUGCACCAACUGCUUUAAGUUGCGCAAAAAGGGUAACUAUUGUCCGGUGUGCCAGAAGUGUUAUGAUGAUCAAGACUUUGAUUUGAAAAUGAUGGAAUGUGGUGACUGUCGUCAAUGGGUUCAUGCCAAAUGUGAAACCUUAACCGAUGAGCAAUACAAUUUGCUAAGUACUUUGCCCGAAUCCAUAGAAUUUAUAUGCAAAAGAUGUUCCCGCAAAUCGCAGGAUGCUAAACAAAGAGCCUGUGAGUGGCGGGAGGCGGUGAAAGAGGAAUUCAAAUCCAGUUUAAUGAGUGUAUUAAAGUUGCUAAGCAAAUCUCGCCAAGCCUGUGCUCUAUUGAAAUUAAGUCCCCGCAAACAAAUGAAGUGUGCCUGUGGCUCCUCAUCCUCCUCCAAUUCUUCAACUGUUGGCCACAAGUUUCAGCCAAAAUCUUUGCAAUUCAACUCGCAGCAAUCUCAAUUAAGUAAUAAUAAUGAGCAAGAUCCCUUAGCUUUGACCAACAAUAUAGAUAUUUAUGAAUUUGAUGACCGCGAAAGAGAACAAGUGACAUUGAAUAAUUCCUCUUUGGAGUUGCAAUCAAAAAAAUGUAUAUGCCAGGCUCAAUUGUCUUCGGCCCAAAGUAACUUAAGUCUAGUGGAGAUAAAACAUAAAAUCUCCAAUGGCGCUUAUGUGUCGUUGGCGGAGUUCAACUAUGACAUGAAUUUGGUAAUACAACAGGCCAACUGUGAUGAUUUGGUUAUAGUGUAUAAGGAGAUUUUAAGUGAACAAUUUCCUUGGUUUCAAAACGAAACUCAAGCCUGCACCGAUGCCUUGGAAGAGGACAUGUACGAAUCGGCGGGUGGAGCUUAUGGUCUCAAUACUUCUGUAGACAGCGAGUCGGAUUACAAUAUGGAUUGUUUGCCCUCCAGUCAGGAGCAACAGGAUGAUCAAGAUCGUUCGGCUUUGUUGGCUGAACUGCCACAAGAUUUGGAGGAGCAAAUGUAUAACAUCAAAUCUCGUGCGGAUGCCAGAAUUUGCUUAUUUUGUCGGCGUACCGGUGAAGGUUUGCCGGGAGAAGAGUCUCGUUUGUUGUAUUGUGGCCAUGACUGUUGGGUCCAUACCAAUUGUGCUUUAUGGUCGGCCGAGGUGUUCGAAGAGAUCGAUGGUUCUUUGCAAAAUGUCCACUCGGCUGUGGCACGCGGACGCAUGAUUAAAUGUUCUGUGUGCGGCAAUAGAGGAGCCACCGUAGGCUGCAAUGUUAAGUCGUGUGGUGAACACUAUCAUUAUCCCUGUGCUAGAUCUAAAACUUGUGCCUUUUUAGCCGACAAAUCUAUGUAUUGUCCUCAACAUGCCGCGAGUUUCAGCCAUGCAAAGACCAGCUUCGAAACACAAUUCGAGGUAACGCGUCCAGUUUAUGUGGAAUUGGAGCGUAAGCGCAAGAAACAGGUGGAACCCUCAAAGGUUCAAUUUCAUAUAGGUUCUUUGGAAGUCAAGCAGUUGGGCCAUAUUUUACCCAGAUUCUCGGACACUUAUGAGUCUUUGGUGCCGGUAAAUUUCCUGUGCUCACGUCUGUAUUGGUCUUCUAAGGAGCCUUGGAAAAUAGUGGAGUACACCGUUAGAACUUAUAUAUACAAUAACUCCUCUUCUUCACUGUCCAAUGGAGCUAUAGAUUUGGGUAAAAACUUUACCGUGGAUCAUACUCAAAACAAUUCAGCCCUAGUGCAACUGGGUCUUUCGCAAAUACAACAAUGGCAUUUAAGUUUGUCCAAAGGAGACUAUGAGACGGCCGAGGAAUAUGAUUAUUUAAAUAAUUUUCCACAGCAUUCCUCCUGUUCGGGCAAUAAUACUCAAGAAACCAAUGCCACCAACGAUGAGGAACCCCAAACCAAUGCCGAUUUGCUACCACCCGAAAUCAAAGAUGCCAUAUUUGAGGAUUUACCGGGUGACCUAUUGGAGGGUAUUUCCAUGUUGGAUAUUUUCACCAAAUGCAUGAAUUAUGAGGAUAUGGCUCAAGGGGAACACUCCAAAGAUGGUGUUACCAAUCAACAGAUGUCCGAUGAAGAUACCAUGACCUCUAUAGGAGCCUUUACCAAGCAACUAACGGCAGAAUUCAACAGCAAUUGGUCCAACACGGCCAAUCAUAAUCAUGUUGAAGAUGCAUUGCUUACAACUACCACGGUAACAGCUGCCCAGGCGGUAAAACUUCAAAAGCUAAAAAAGUCUUCUUCUCCGGUCAUCAAUUGUGAUGUUAAUGCCAAAAAUGCCAUUAAACGCAGGAAGAUAUCCGAAAAUAUGCUGCUUUCUCUCAACAAUCAUCAGCGUUCACAGAAGAAAGAGGUGGCCUCGGUGACACGCAGACUGGAUAUGGAGGGUUCUAAUAAAAGAACUUUCACCUGGAGUGCUGAGAAAAGAUAUAAUUUGGAUUCAAGCCAAACGGAUAGCAAAAUCAAACUAAUGCAAGUGGAUGGUGUGGAUGACAGCAUUACAGAGUAUCGUUUUGUUACACAAGAGGCCACACAGACAGCCGUCAAGUGUGAAAGAUGUCAAUGCACCUAUCGCAACAUAGAAUCUUUCCAAAGGCAUUUAAACAACUGUGAGCCAAUGUCCUCUUCCACUAGCGAAUCAGAAUCUGAACAUAAUUCCCAAAUACCCGAUGCAACACACAACACACCGCAGGCUUUGACAUUGGAACAAUUGCAGGAGCUAAAUAAUAAACUACAACAGCAGCAACAGCAGCAAAGAAAUAACCAAAUGCCUUUUAUACAAAGCAUACCCACACAAACUUUGUCCCAAUUACAGGGUUUACAAACGGCCAACAUUUUGCAGGGAGUGCAAUUGCAAGGUGUACAAAACUUGCAAAAUCUACAGAAUUUACACAAUAUACAGCAGCUGACACAGCCUCAAACGUUGGGAGGAAACUUUUUCAUUUCCACCAGCCAACCAGACAUGAAUCAGGCAUCCAACGAUCUCCAAUUGUAUGCCAAUACCUUACAGGGUCUGACAGCCAAUCUAAAUGGUACGUUUACCCUGCAACCAACGGCAAAUCAAUACACCACUGCACCACAAUUGCAACAAAAUCAACCCCAACUCAUAGCCGUGUCCACAAAUCCAGAUGGCACCCAACAGAUUAUUCAAUUGCCGGCUACGCAAACGCAUCAAACCAUGCCGGCUACAUAUCAAACCUUACAGGCCACCAACUCGGACAAGAAAAUAGUGCUGCCAGUGACACAAGGAAAACCCCUCAAAACUAUGGCUACUAAAGCCGCCCAACAGGCAGCAGCUAAAAAUAAACUAAAAGCCACCACCGUGGUGAAACCUAUACAAUCGAAAAUAAACGUUACAGCAGCAAACACCAACAAUCACAUCACACAACCACAAACCGUUAAUGCUACACAACUACUGAAUCAACAGUUGCUGCAGCAACUGCAACAGCAGGCCCAACACAACUCACAGCAGCCGCAACUACUUUUCCAAACCGCUCAGCCACAACAGCAACAGCCACAAAUAAUAAUGCAACAGCAACCACAGAAUAUCAUUUCAUUUGUGACCACCACAAAUGAUGGCUCACAACAUCCACAGCUACAGUAUGUUACUUUGCCCACAGCUCAACAAACCACGGAAUACAAGCCCCAGACCCAAGCAUCUCUAUUCACCGCCGCCAAUACCCAGCCUUUAUUGCAAUCAGCCUAUUUGCAGACAGAUGCCAGUGGCAAUUUGGUGUUAACCAAUGGACCACCACAAAAUACCGGCUCUCUGCAGUUGAUAUCCACACCCCAGGGACCUCAAGUGAUAGGCACCUUAAUACAGCCCCAAACUUUGCAAUUGCAAGGAGGAAAUGUUUUAACCACCACCACAACGGCCACAGCCGAAGGAGGAAUACCCCAACAGGGCACGGGUCAGACACAGCAACAGCAAGUCAUUAUUAGCGGCAAUCCUAAUGGAACAACUAAUGGUUUGGAGAUGCUAUCGGCAGCCACACAGCCUCAAGUCAUAUUGGCCACCACUACCCAGCCCAUGUACUAUGGCUUAGAGACAAUAGUGCAAAAUACGGUAAUGUCCUCACAGCAAUUUGUCUCCACCGCCAUGCCGGGAGUGUUAAGUCAAAAUGCCAGCUUUUCGGCCACCACUACACAAGUAUUUCAGGCCAGUAAAAUAGAACCCUUGGUGGAUAUACCGGCUGGCUAUGUUUUGCUCAAUAAUGUGGAUGCUAAUAAUGCUUUAAUGCAGCAACAGCAAGCUAACAAUGCAGCCAAUACGGCUGCACAACAGCAGGCCAAUCAAAAUAAUUUCAUACAAGCCGCUUUGCAGCAACAGGCUCAAGCUUUGGCGGAACAGCAACAACAACAGCAGCAGCAGCAACAACAACAGCAGGCCCAAAAUAAUGUUUAUCGCCUGCAGACGCCACCAGUCAACACAGCUCAAGGCUACCAAAUGCAAACUCAGCCACAAAUAAUGGUAACGCAGCAGCCACAGGUGCAAACCUCAACCGCUGCACAACCACAAUAUGUGGAGGCUACAAAUCCAGCACAAAAUGUGCACUUGGUAAGUGCAAAGGUGGCGCCAGUGGCUCAAGUAAAACGAACGAAAUCCUCUGCUCCAGUGGCCACCGUAACCAAAGUACAGCCGCAAGUGGUAAACAAAGUAAUGCCCAAUGUAGUACAAAUAAACAGUCAACCACAGACACAAACCCAAAAAAUUAAACUACAAACUACACAAAUGCAGCAGCCCUCCGCCUUACAUGCUACAAAUCUCAAACAAUUAAAUCAAAACAACUUGAAUAGCAUAAUGCAGCAGCAGCAGCAACAAAUACCAGCCACCAUAACUGUAACACCACAAACAAAAGCAGCGACACAAGUGGAUGUGGCCACGCCCCAACUAAUAACCACAUCGGCGGCAGCUGCAGCCGGCUCAAUAACCACAACCACAACUACAGCUAACAACAAUAAGAAAACCAACAUGAUCAGGCCUUUACACAAAUUGGAAGUGAAACCCAAAGUUAUGAAGACCGCCACAGCUACAGUGGUAACCAAACCAACUGCAACCACCAACAACAAUGUAAACAAUACAAACCCGCCCUUAAAUCAGCUACAAAUACCAGCAAUACCCACAAAUCCCAAUAAAAUGAUUUUACUAAAACCUCAACAACAACAGCAGCAGCAACUACAACUGCAGCAGCAUCCGCAGCAAACAACACAGCAGCAACAGCCAAGCAUAGUAGCAAAUAACACUCCAGCAAAUCUACCCCUAACUGAAGAACCUGCCGCCAUUAUACCCCUAACAAAUCUAACAGAACCAACAGAAAAUUCAGAAUUUAUGAAUAUACAACAUGUGGCCAAUAACCAUCAGCAACAUUACAAUGUGGCCGAUGCUUUACUGCUGGACGACAGCUCUCAAAUGGCCCAGCAAACUCUCUCACAUUGUAGUUUCUCAAAUACAACGAAUAAUUAUGAGCAAACACCACAACAACCACAAGCCACAGCAGCAACAGCUACCCACAAUAACACAGAUAGUGUUAGCAACAUAUUGCCCACAAUACAAAGAAUGCCUCAGUACACCAACAUCAAUAUUGUGAAUCCCUUGCAACAGUAUUCCACCACCAACACCCUGACAACAUCAACGUCUACGACCAGCACUACCAUAACACGACCCACCAAUCGUGUCCUGCCCAUGCAACAGCGGCAAUAUGAACAACAUUCUCAGACCAGCAGCUGCAGUACUACAUCUUCCACCUCUACGGCGGCAGCAGCUGCAGCCGCCACGCAAUUUACACACACCACUACCACGAAUUCACAGAUCUCACAAAAUCACACAAACUCCAGCGAGGAUGCGAUGCAACAAUCCUCGAUUAAAGCCAACAUAAAUAAAAUUGCUUACGAGCCGGAGGUAAAACAAAUGUUGCUACACUCACCACAACCGCCGCUCACCACAAAUGAAGCUCAGCAGGUCGCUCAGGCUCAUCAUGGCCAACACCAACAAUUGCAGCCUCAACAUGUCAUGCAUAUGCAGCAACAAAGUCUGCAACACAAUUUGCCAAAAUCCUCACCUCCGCCUCUCAGCUACGACAUGGUGGAAAAACCUGAGGAACCAAACUCAAAAAUGUGUUUGCAUGAUUUGAAUUAUGUUAACAAUGGCAUGCCGCAAUUUGUUAAUCCCGAAGGUUGCCUCAUAACAGAUCCCAAAUUCCCUCCCGAAGGUGAGGUUAUUCUCGGUUCGGAUUGUUGUGGAAACGAAGAAGAAGCCUUAGGUUCGGCAAAUGCCGACGAGGAAGAAGCCGACGAAGAACAGGCCCAGGAUGAGGAAGAAGAUGAUGGUUUUAGUUUGAAAAUGCCAUCAGCAGAUGGUUCCGAUAACCUAUCCAUGGAUAGUGAUGAGCCGGCCGUUAAAGAGAAAAUCAGCAAAAUUCUAGACAAUCUAACUAACGAAGAUUGCAAUGAUUCGCUAAAUACCUCUACCACUUUGGAAGCUCAAGUUGAAAUGGCCUGCAAUAAUCAAUAUCUCAAUGCCACACUAACAGCAGCAGCAGAUAAUCUAGAUAAUGGCCAACAUAAUCUAAACUCUAGCAGCAACGAGCAGCAUCAGCAGCAGCAAAACCAAUUAACGCCACAAGAAGCUAAUGAAUAUUAUACUCCCACUACUGAAGAGACGUCAGCAUUUAUAGCCGCUCAAUUGGCAGCCGAAAAUAUGAAAGAACACCAAGACGCCGAAAACUAUAAUAAAAUGAUGAUGGAAACUCAUGAUGCCGCCAAGCUACAGCAGGAGGUGGAAAACACUCUCAACACCAACUACAUGCAAAACUGUCAAAACUCCCUACAACCCGCCUCGAAUUUAAACAACCUGCAGCAGCAGCAGCAACAGCCGCACACAAACAACUUAGCAGCUCCCCUAACUAUGGCGUCUAAUCAAGCCGCUCAUCCUCCCUCCAGAGACCCCAAACGUAUAACAGGACCCCAUCUACUCUAUGAAAUACAAAGUGAAGAUGGCUUCACCUACAAAUCCUCGUCCAUCUCUGAGGUAUGGGAGAAAGUGUUUGAGGCAGUGCAAGUGGCACGGCGGGCCAAUGGUUUAGCUCCGCUACCCGAAGGCCCCUUGGCCGAUAUGAGUGGUGUACAAAUGAUUGGUCUUAAGACGAAUGCCUUGAAAUAUCUCAUCGAACAAUUGCCGGGUGUGGAGAAAUGCAACAAAUACACACCCAAAUAUCAUAGACGCCAUGGUUCAAGUUCAUCCUCCCAUACGGCUUCCACUAGCUCUUUAUCCUCUUCCUCCUCCAUGAAUGGUAAUGCCUCGGUGGCCGGCUCUCUGGACACCGACAGCAAUAGUAUGGAUUAUGCUUCGGAUCAAGAGGAUAUGACGGAAAAUCCCUAUGACUGUGCCCGCUGUGAACCAUAUUCAAAGCGUUCCGAGUAUGAUAUGUUCAGUUGGUUGGCGUCCAGACAUCGCAAACAACCAGUACAAGUGUUUGUGCAACCUUCGGAUAAUGAAUUGGUGCCAAGACGUGGAACGGGCAGUAAUUUACCCAUGGCAAUGAAAUAUCGCACUUUAAAGGAAACUUAUAAAGAUUAUGUGGGUGUAUUUCGGUCUCAUAUACAUGGUCGGGGUUUGUACUGUACAAAGGAUAUUGAAGCUGGUGAAAUGGUUAUUGAGUAUGCUGGCGAAUUAAUACGAUCCACAUUGACUGAUCAACGUGAACGUUAUUAUAAUAGUCGUGGCAUUGGUUGCUACAUGUUUAAAAUCGAUGAUCAUUUGGUGGUGGAUGCUACAAUGCGUGGCAAUGCAGCUAGAUUUAUAAAUCAUUCAUGUGAGCCCAAUUGCUAUUCCAAAGUUGUUGAUAUUUUGGGACAUAAACAUAUAAUCAUUUUCGCCCUAAGACGCAUUGUCCAAGGGGAGGAAUUGACUUAUGAUUAUAAAUUUCCAUUUGAAGAUGAGAAAAUACCCUGUUCGUGUAGCCAAAAACGGUGUCGAAAGUACUUAAAUUGAGGAGGUAGAGAGAGAGAGCGAGAGAAAGAGUAAGAGAAUUAUGGGUAUUUGGAGAAUAUAUAGAUUAACAUAAAGAAAAACAAGAAACAACAAGAGAAAAAAGCAUAAAGUGAUUUUUAAAAGAAAAGUGAUUUUUUAUUAUUUCGAAGCGAAACAUUUUUAUGUCUGUGUAAUUAUUAUAUACUCAUAGUUUAAAUAUUAUUAUUAAUAAUACUAUAAUUACUAUUACAACCAUAGCAACAACAGCAUCAAAAUAAUAAUAAUAAUACUAACAACAACAACAAUUAUUUAAUUUAAAAUUAAACUGGUAAAACAAAGAGAAAGAAAACCUAAAAACUGAAACUAAAUUUAUUAAAAAUUAAAAAACAAAGAAACUUUCAAGUAGAAGAAGCUAAAACAAAUUACAAGAAAUAUAUCAACGAAUAUUUAAAUAUUUUUUAUUUGCUACAAUAUAAAAUCAAAGGUUCUUUGAAAAGUGUAAGAAGUGUUUAAAGAAUUUAAAGGAAACUAUUAAAAGUUUAAAGAUUUUUAAGAGGAUUUAUUAAUUAUGUUUCUAGCAACCAACAUUUAUAGUUAUUGAUUAUGGUUUUAAAAGUGCAUGUGUUUAAAUUUCUAUCAGGAUAAUGUUUAUGUUUU